CCACGUCGCCGGCACCAAGGGCAAGGGCAGCACCUGCGCCUUUGUCGACUCCGUCCUGUCGCGCUACCGCCAACGCGGCGGCGGCGGCGGCGGCGGCCCGCGCAAGGUCGGCCUCUUCACCUCCCCGCACCUCAUCGCCGUGCGCGAGCGCAUCCGCAUCGACUCGUCCCCGAUCUCCGAGGAGCUGUUUGCCAAGUACUUCUUUCAGGUGUGGGACAAGCUGGAGGCGAAUAAGGAUGUCGCGGCGGAUGCGGCCGCGCCUGGGAGCAAGCCCAUCUAUUCGCGGUACCUGACCCUCAUGAGCUACCACGUGUUCCUGUCCGAGGGGGUCGAUGCGGCCGUGUACGAGACCGGCAUCGGCGGGGAGUACGAUGCCACCAACGUGGUGGAGCGCCCCGUGGCCAGCGGCAUCAGCACGCUGGCGAUUGACCAUGUCUUUGUUCUGGGCAACACCGUCGACAAAAUUGCCUGGCACAAGGCUGGAAUCAUGAAGCCUGGAAGUCCAGCGUUUACGAUCGAGCAGGUCCCCGAAGCCGGGGAGGUGCUCAAGAAGCGGGCGGUAGAAAAGAAGGUGGAUCUGAAGGUGCUAGAUGUCGACCCGCGCCUGGCGGGCGUCAAUAUCCGCCCUGAUGCUGCUUUCCAGAAACGCAAUGCCACACUAGGGGUGGCACUGGCAGAGACUGUGAUGAAGAAGCUGGAUCCUUCCUUCUCGCCUAACCCCGAAGCCUUGCCCCGGGAGUUUAUUGACGGGCUUGAGCAGGUCAUCUGGCGCGGCAGGUGCGAGGUGAAGGACGAAGACAGCGUGAUAUGGCAUGUCGACGGGGCACAUACGGUGGACAGCCUGAAGAUGGCAGCCCGCUGGUUUGUCGGUGAGUGCGCCGGCCGGCCCGACCGAGGGCCUAAGGUGCUGGUCUUCAACCAGCAAGGGCGCACCGAAGCGGUGGACUUUCUUGAUGGACUCCACAAUAUCGUGAAAAGCUCGGGGCAGGGGUUCGAGCACGUUAUCUUCUGCACGAACGUCACCUACGCGGCGACGGGUUACAAAAGGGAUUUUGUAAACCGCCAACACAAUCCCGCCGAUAUCGAGAAAAUGACCCAGCAGCGGGUGUUUGCCGACAAGUGGAAACAACUCGACCCGUCCGCCAACAUCAUGCUCAUCCCGACCAUCGAGGACGCUAUCAAUACAGCCCGUGGUUUGGCGAAGGAGGACGGACCCAAGGUGCAGGCGCUCAUUACCGGGAGCCUGCACCUUGUCGGUGGUGCCCUGGGAAUUCUCGAGGGUGCGGAUGCUCUGUAGAGCACAAAAGUCGACCCGGGCACGUCUUCAUCGACUGUCCGUGAUUUACCUUGUAAUUCAACUGUACAGGUUGGCUUCGCGGCAUUGGUUGGGAUGGAGUUCUUGCAUAGAUUGGCAGCCUAGUAUUCAACAUGAUCGAUGACUUUGAGC